AUGGCGCCUAAUUACCCUCAAACCAGUGGGCAAGUUGAGGUCUCCAACAGACAGAUUAAAGCUAUAUUGGAGAAGAUUGUGAGCUUCACUAGAAAAGAUUGGUCAACAAGACUUGAUGAAGCACUUUGGGCUUAUAGAACAGCUUACAAAACCCCCAUUGGAAGGUCUCCUUUCAAUUUGCUAUAUGGGAAGGAUUGCCACUUGCCUGUAGAGGUCGAAUACAAGGCUUUAUGGGCAGUAAAGAUGCUGAACUUUGACAUAAAGGCAGCACAAGAAAGGAGGGUAAUGAACCUGUUUGAGUUGGAGGAAAUCAGAAUGAAUGCCUAUGAGAACUCCAUGAUCUACAAGAUGAGAACCAAGGCAGCCCACGACAAACUAAUUCGCCUAAAAGACUUCAAGGUUGGGGACAAUGUGCUCUUGUUUAACUCCAAAUUGCGGUUGUUCCCCGGGAAGUUGAGGUCAAAGUGGUCAGGGCCGUUUAAGAUACAUGAGGUUCUACCCUACGGGUUGAUGAUAGGAUUUGUAUGUGAUGUGAUAGAUAUGAAAUGA